GCUUUUCAAAUAAACGGAAAUUCAUGCAUACGAUUUCCAUGUCACUGUAUUGAAUAAUAUUCACAAGAAUUCUUUCUUGAAUUACCUCUUUUCAAAAUCUUUACCUUUGUCACGUUUGGAGCGGACUUUUAUCAACUUCAACGAAUAUCAGAAAGGAGGUCAUUUUGAGAAAGACGAGGAGUGCAAACAAAUUUCUUAAAAUGAAAUUUAUUGUGUCGAAGUGGCAUUCCUUCAUAUUUGUAGGCCUGCACAGAUUUUAGUCGAUCAAACAAGUUUAGUUGAAAACAACCAAUUGAAGAAUUCAUGGUCCCCCUUUCCAUUCAUUUUUGGAAAGCAUUAUCUUCAUCGUGAAGUACAAAUCUUGCUCAACCCUAUUUAUAUUAAUUGGUUAAUAAAUGACGAAUAGACCAUGUUGAUAGGACGUUGUGAAGUGGAAUUGCUGAUUGUCUGUGUCGUUCUCUGCCGUCAUGUCCAUGCAGAUGAUAGCAUUCAACAAGAUGUCAACGCUGAGAACAAUCUAUACCAUGUAUACAGAUCAUGGAGUAUUGUGGUUGGUGUGUUUGUAGCGAUGACCUGUAUUGCAGUAAUCCUUCUCUUGGUGUUUUACCUCCGGUUCAACAUGACAAAGACAAGGGAAGCAAGCGCAAUGAAGAACAAACGACUCACAAAGAGGAGUCAGAGAAUGGUUCCUUCCGACUUUCGUCCAGGGGCUCAGCAUCAACAAGACCGCUACGGGGAUCGUCGCAACCAACACCGUAACCUCCAACCACCAGCUCAUAUCGAUUACCGCUUCGAUUAUCGGUCGACCUCGAUCCUCCCCCCUGACAGGAAAACGGAUUAUGCUAUCGGCUCUGGCUCACCUGUUAAUAACAACGGUUUACCUCCGUCGACGAGGCUUGUCGAGAUCGAGGAAACGGACGAACCGGUAGCCCACCGCGAACCCGUAAUGUCAGUAGAGCCAUCUGCUUACCACUGGAGGGUCGGUCUGACUGGGUCCACGGUGUCAUACAACCCGCUGGCUGAAAUGGCGCCCCCUCAGAGAAUGCAUCUAACGUAUUUCUGAGCAUGCACGGAUCAUGUUACAUAUAGACCCCCUCGACAUUUUCGCGAUAGAUCCGAUUUUUUUUUUACUUUUUAUUUUCAAGUCUCGUGCAACUUUUGAGACCAAACUUGCGACCCGGGGUUCCGAAAUUACGCAACAUUUCAUAAAUGCAUGCAGACCAAAAAUGUCUCAAAACGUUAAUUCGUGUACAAAUCCAAUGCAAAUAAUGUUUUAGCCCAAUUAAUUUCCUGUUUGUUUAUGGUGAGAAUAAAGUCACUGACGAUUUCCAUCGAUGAAACAAUCAACAACAAAAAGUCGCAAAGCAAAGAAAUACAUAAGAAAUUUCUAAAACAAUAAAAUGCAUAAGAAAAUAAUUGUGAUAUUGAAUUUUCUUAAGUAAAUUUGAUCAGAUUCCUAUCAAGAGUCGGCGAAUUAAAAAGUAGCUUUUUAGGGGCCUUAUUUACUUAAUGAAUGCAAAAAAAAUAUUUUACGCAUAAAUUAGCAUAAUUCAUUAGCAAUGAGAUUUUUUGAAGAAUUUGAUUCUACCAUUUUGUAGAUUAUACAAUGGGUAAUGCGCAUGUCGAUUUUUGUUGCGAUCGCGCGACCGACAGCCGAGAUCAUAAGGAGGGGGGGGGGGGGGCUGAAUCAGCCCCCAGUCUUCUUAGGCGUCGAAAUAGCCCAGUCUAUUCAGGGUUAACAGUUAAGUCCCUCCAUGAAAACUAGUUAAGACCAAAACCUUACAAAGGCCUCAUUUGAACAUGAGAAUAUGCAGGCAAAUGCUACUUUCACCUAACAUAAUUAAUAUCUAGAGAGUGUGGGUGUUGUGGUUUCGUAGUAGAUUUUAAACUACUAUAUAAGCAGGUAAGAAAUUCAUUAGAAUAGGCUAUUAUAAGAUCCAAAUUAAUCAGUGUCGCGACCACUAUUAUUGCAUUUAAAGAUUCGAUUACUCAGCUUUUACUUGCAUUUCUACUAUUACUUGGAUAGAAAUGAUAGGUUCCUAAAAGAGUGGGCAUCCUUGACGUCUUUUCGGUCAUAUGUAUUGAUUUUGAAAUGAGGCAAAACACUUACAAUGUAUAGAUCCCGGCAAAAUUAAUAAAUUCUUACUGAUUGCCAGCUGAGAAAAACAUAACACAGAACAUGCAUUAUUGAAUUUCGUUGAUAAAGUGGCCCACGCUUUUGAUAAUUGCUCACAUCUAGUCGGCAUUUUUCUGGACUUCUCCAAGGCCUUCGACACCAUUAGCAUGAUAUCUUAUUACAUAAACUUUCUCAUUAUGGGGUGCGCGGGAAGGCCUUAAUUGGAGUGGUUCAGAAGCUACUUGUCCGAUAGACGUCAAUUUGUAUCUUUGAAUGGUCAUGCAUCCAACAUGCAAUAUAUUAAUUGUGGAGUCCUGCAAGGCAGUUUGUUAGGCCCUUUAUUAUUCAUCAUUUAUAUUAAUGACUUUUGUAAAUCAUCUGAUGUCCUUUCGUUCAUACUUUUUGCAGACGAUUCUAAUAUCUUUUAUUCCCAUAAAAAUCCAUAUACCUUAGUAAAUGCUGUUAAUAACGAACUUUUAAAAGUCACACAAAAAUUGUCUCUUAAUCUACUAAAAACUAGAUAUAUGCCAUUUAGCAAUUCCAUUAUAACACUUCCCAUGGACAUUGUUUUAGAUGACACUAAUUUAGAAAGUGUCACAUUCAUUAAAUUUCUUGGUGUUACCGUUGAUAAUAAGCUUUCCUAGAAAUACCACAUAGAUUGUACAUGUAUAAUUUAUAAUGACAAUAAUUUGUAUCGCAAAUAUUUGUUACAAUGUAUGAAAAUGAUUUAUAUCAAUAUCUAUGUCAUUUCUGUUGGAAAUAAAAUCUGAAUCUGAUCUGAAUCUGUUAAUAAAUACCCUGUACCAUAU